CGCACUUCCCAGAACGUCGUCGUCUUCGUUUAAGUAGAACAACGAUCUUUAAGAACAAGCCGUUACUUCAGGCCAUCUUUUCGAUGUGUACUGUUAUAAGUAGACGGUAACGAACAGUAAGUUUUGCUUCAAGUUUUCAAGUGUCAAAACAUUUCUGGACUUCUAGGGUUUUGUCGUAUGAGUAAAAUGUGCGUUUAAGGUGGAGUUUCAGCCAAAUAUGUAUCCAACGUGAUUUCAGCAAGACACUAAAACCCAAAUGAUCGCCACAUCGUCUCAAAAAUGCCUUAUGGAAAAUGCGAAUAAAUAUUAUAAUAUUCGUUGUAAUAACUAUUCAGCAAUCGGCACUGGGAAUAUGGGAAUUUUGGAAGUUGGAAAACAUGGAGCAAUUCUGGAAGAGAAAACACAUUUCCACUGGCGAAAACGAUAAUGGAUAUUGGAGGGGCAUAACAGGUGGUGUUUUUGUGGCUCUUUUUGGAUACCCAUCAAAUUGUCAACUCAAAGGAGCUUCCCAUGCCUGCACAUUUUCAGUAGCGUGCUGGUGGGCUGGUGGAUCCAGCCAAUCGGGAUGUGGCGCCAAUCCAUGGAUUUUUGCUUGUUGCGUUACUCAGAACAAAAACCAGGAUAUCUUCGAUCGUCCUGUUGCAUUGAAAAACAGUCUGGAAGAAGAUUUAGAGACACGAGAAAAUAUUAUUUCCCAGUCCAUUCAGCGCCGUAAUGAUAUUUGGAAUGACUUUGAUGAGGAAUGUGGAAUUUCCAAUGAUAGAAUAUUGCAAAAAAGGAUAAUUGGGGGCAAGCCGGCCGAAUUUGGUCAGUUCCCAUGGCAAGCGUACAUCAAAAUCCUUUCAUAUCAAUGUGGAGGAGUUCUAGUUUCCAGAAAAUUUGUUGCAACUGCUGCUCACUGUAUUUUGCCGGCAAAACUAACGGAUUUAUUGGUUUAUUUGGGAGAACUUGACACUCAAGACACUGGACAAGUCGAAGAGCUUGCACCAGCCGAAUUACAUAGGGUAAAACGACGCUUAAUUCAUCCAAAAUUCCAUUACAAAUCGACUCAACCAGAUCGCUACGAUUUGGCUCUUCUCGAGUUGGUUACUGAGGCGAGUUUCAGUUAUCACAUAACGCCUAUAUGUCUUCCCGAUUCAGCUAUAGAAUUAACAGGGAGAGAAGCUGUGGUAGCUGGAUGGGGGAAAACUGAACCUCAAAGCAAACAAACAGGCACCAAUGUGUUAAGAAGUGUUUCAGUUCCUAUAUUAGAUAUAAGUGAGUGUAUGGCUUGGCACAAAAUCAAGCAGAUCGUUAUUGAAUUGCAUCCCGAAAUGUUGUGUGCAGGUUAUAAGUUGGGAAAACAAGAUGCCUGCCUUGGCGAUUCAGGAGGGCCGUUAAUACUGUUAGAACAUGAAAGAAGCGCAGCUACAAGAAGAUACAGACAGGAUAGAUCAGGACAACUGAAAAAUUCCAAUUGCAGAAUUCGAGAAAUCAAUUUUCAGUUGAAUUUUGUCUUAAAGAGGGAGAAGGUUUUUCACUACAAUGCAAACUUUUAAAGUGAACGAAUGUACUAAAGGUAGUGGAGCUACAUACUGCGUUAUUAGCAAAUUAAAUAACUUUGUAAGUUUAAAACUAAACGUUCUUUCCAUAAACACAUGAAACACCGGAGAGUUACAUUUUUCUAAUAUAUUGUGAAGAUUAAAUUGCAUAAGAAAGCAUUUCUCAAUCUUCAUCGACAACAACAAAGGGCUUGAAUUAAA